UCACGUUGAUGCUUUUUCAUUGCUGCGCGCAAUGGCUCAAACCAUUUGACCGCAGUGUGGAUUUUGGUUUUUGUCAUUAUGACAUCGUUGAUGAGCGAAAGCAAGAGCCUGUUUCGGACCAUCAUGAGGCUCCAUCGGGUGAAACUGGACCCUCAGAUGAGGAGUUUGGGCGAUACCUACGCGAGAAAGGAGUUCAGAUUACACGCCAAGCCGCAGGUCCAGGAGGCUCAUAGACAGAUGUUCCUGAGAGAAUGGAGAGCUUAUGUGGACAUGGUCAGUUCUCAGGCAACCGUAACAGGACAGGAGCUGUCCGAUGAGCAGAAAUCGAAACUGAACGACCAACAGAAGGUGCAAUUGGACAGCCUUGAGAAAUCCGCCAAGGCCCUGGGAGGACAGUGAGGAUCCCACGGCCAGACCCGUUGCUGUGAAGAAAAGA